AGAGUGAAGUCAGACUAUGAAGUGGGCAGAGUGAAGCCAAAGUUAAUAAUAAAAAAAAAAAAGCUAGAUCAGAUCAGAACAGAAUAUAACACUGGUUGCAUGCGAUUGGUUAAUUCAAUUUCACUUCACUCGAGAGGUCUGGCCCAUUUCGGAGUCCCUUGACGUAGUUUCCGGCUACUUAUGCUGCCACCGAAAUCGGACCCAUGGACUUCUUCAUUGUAAAGAUGAGGACUCUAACCAUUUUAUUGCCAUUUCUGUACUCCUGUACAGCUCAAUUUGUGUUAACGGAAGAACGGAUCACAGCCAAGGAGGAGGUGGCCUUCACUGCAGCUCUUCAGCCUUCAUCAUGGGAUCAGUCUGGUUUUGGGGGAAUAGGACCUUUUAGCACAGAGGACACCUUAGUCCAUGGCAAUGUUCUGACUAAUGUUGGACAGACCUAUGAUUCAACUACAGGUGUGUUUGCUGCUCCAGUGAAAGGAGUCUACUUCUUUACCUUCACCACCUACAGCUGGGUGAGGGAGGCAGACAUUGGUGUCAAGCUGAUGAAGAACAAUGAGGAGGUUUUGCUGGUUUGGGAAUGGCAGGACAAAGGUGACAAUGAGGACUAUGCCUCCAACUCAGUGCUGCUGGAGCUGGAGGUGGGGGACAAGGUGUACAUGCGUCUCCCCAAAGGAUACCAGGUUGCAGCCAGCAAAAUCUCCAAUAUUCACACCUUCAGUGGAUUUUUGCUCUACCCUCACAACAAUGCAUCUCAGUCAAGAGAGGUGGCUUUCACUGCAGCUCUUCAGCCUUCGUCUGCGGACGAUAGUGGCUUUGGGGCAAUCGGACCUAUUUCCAUGGAGAUAACCUUGGAACAUGGCAAGGUUCUGACAAAUGUUGGUCGCGCCUAUGAUUCAAAUACAGGUGUGUUCACUGCUCCAGUGAAAGGAGUCUACUUCUUUACCUUCACCACCUACAGCUGGGUGAGGGAGGCAGACAUCGGUGUCAAGCUGAUGAAGAACAAUGAGGAGGUUUUGCUGGUUUGGGAAUGGCAGGACAAAGGUGACAAUGAGGACUAUGCCUCCAACUCAGUGCUGCUGGAGCUGGAGGUGGGGGACAAGGUGUACAUGCGCCUCCCCAAAGGAUACCAGGUUGCAGCCAGCAAAAACUCCAAUAUUCACACCUUCAGUGGAUUUUUGCUCUACCCUCACAACAAUGAAGAUCAGUCAAGAGCGGUGGCCUUCACUGCAGCUCUUCAGCCUUCAUCAUUUGAUGAUAGUGGUUAUGGGAGAAUAGGUCCUUUUGACAUGGAGAUCCCCUUGGUCCACGGCAAAGCUCUGACUAAUGUUGGAGGUGCCUAUGAUUCAAAUACAGGUGUGUUUGCUGCUCCAGUGAAAGGAGUCUACUUCUUUACCUUCACCACCUACAGCUGGGUGAGUGAGGCAGACAUCGGUGUCAAGCUGAUGAAGAACAACGAGGAGGUUUUGCUGGUUUGGGAAUGGCAGGACAAAGGUGACAAUGAGGACUAUGCCUCCAACUCAGUGCUGCUGGAGCUGGAGGUGGGGGACAAGGUGUACAUGCGCCUCCCCAAAGGAUACCAGGUUGCAGCCAGCAAAAACUCCAAUAUUCACACCUUCAGUGGAUUUUUGCUCUACUCCACAUCCACAAUUAAUCAACAGUUGACCAUUUGAUGGAUUAAUGAGAGCAGAUGCUUUACCAUCAGAGGAGGAACGUUUUCAUAGCAAUCAAGAUUAUAGAAAUUCAGUGUAAGAUUUAAUGGCUUCAUGAAUAGUUAGAUAAUUGUUGGUGCCAAGAUGUAAGAAGGGGAAUGUUUACAUUAUACUCUCGUUACCAAUAAAAUAAAAUGUAAAAAAAUCCAUCUUAGCAUA